AUGGCAUCAAGACCCGAAUCGGAGGGCUUGAUUGGAGCCGACGAGUCCGACGAGGUCAAGAAGCGCCAGAACAGCAAGGCUUUCGAACCCCAGGACCAACUCGAUGCCUGCAACGCCAAGAUCGUCGCUCGAGAACGCCCGUGCCGUCUUUCUGCCGAGGCCGAGUCGAACCGCAUCGAGGCUGAACACCACGGACAAGCUGUUGCCUCCCUUGAGAAGAAGCAGAAGGCCUUC